UGCUGUCAUAACCUUAAAUGCCAGUCUAAGCACAUGAGUUAAAUAAAAAAAACAUCAAAACAACAACAUACCGUGAUUUCGGUUUUAAGAGUUAAAGUGUGUGCAAAAAUGCAGAAGAAAAAUGAAAAAAUGGUCGCAAGUGAUUCAGAAUCAGAGGCCGAUGAAGAUUUGAGCAACGACGAAGAAAUGUCUGAUGAAAAUGGAAAAAAUGACAGUGAAAACGAGGAUGAAGAGGCGGGCCCAAGCGACAAACCAGAAAAGAAGAAAAAACGUGGCAUCAUUUAUAUCUCAUCAAUUCCAAAGUAUAUGAAUGUAACGAUUUUACGGGAAAUGCUUGGCGAAUAUGCAAAAAUCGGACGAGUAUUUCUACAACCAGGAAAACUAUCAGCCGAAGAAGAGAAUCGAAAGAAGAAAAAGCGUCGCGUGGCUCGUCAUUUUACUGAAGGUUGGGUUGAAUUCGAAAGUAAACGGGCCGCAAAACGUGUCGUUCAAAUGCUCAACAAUGCACCGAUUGCCUCACGAAAAAGUUCCAAAUUCUACGAUAAAUUCUGGGUGAUGAAAUAUUUGCCACGAUUUAAAUGGGUUCAUCUGAGCGAACGAUUGACAUACGAAAAGGCAGUUCAUCGUCAGAAACUGCAGUCGGAAAUUUCACAAGCACGCAAAGAGACCGCGUUCUUCCAAGAAAAUCUGGAUAAGAGUGCUAAAUUUAAGAAAUUGAAAAAGAAACAGAAAAAAUCCAACAAUUUUGUUGAGACCGACGCAUCGUGAUAUGAUUUCUCCACAGUUGUUUCAAUAUAAAAACUAUUCAUAUUUUAUUAAAUAUCUUAUCAAUUCA